ACGUUACCUGCUUUUCUACGAAGGGAAAGCAGAUGCGUCGCUCGUCUAGCAGGUGAUAGACGUGUUCGCUUGUGUCUGCCGUUUGCUUGAGAAGGUUCUUUCUGCUCCUCUAAGAAUGUUGCUGCUCGUACUGAUGACGGCGGUGGGCGUGGCCUCGGGUUUCAGCAGCGGGAGCGUGGGGUGGGCGUGCAACUCGAUGGCCCCGGGGCAUCUGCUCACGUCGGCCGAGAAUUCGCCUUCGCCCUUCGAGGUCUACGCGGAGGAAUACGAGGCCGGAUAUUACCUGGUGACGGCAUUCGGCAGGAGGGACCAGUUCAAGGGCCUCUUAAUGCAGGCCCACACUCCCAGGCGAGAGAAGGUCGGCGUCUUCAGGCAGGUCGACGACGGACAGACCCUGGACUGCGACAACGAAGGGGACGCCGUAGCACACAACAACGCGAAUUUAAAGAGCCAAGUGAGAGCGUUGUGGCAUCCGAAUGGCUACUCGGGACCUGUGAGAUUCAGAGCCACCAUGCUAAAGAGCUACGGAACCUACUGGACAGACAUACUCUCUAAUCCCUUGGUCGUUUGAGGUCCAGUUCGUGUAAUUGUGAUCAAGACGAUAAAUAAUGACAAAUAAAGAGACUCAGUAGAAAAAACAGUUUAAAUGGGUAUUACUAUUUGUAUUUUUAAGGGUAAAGCAGUUCCAAUGUAAGAAUAUUUUAGAUGUGUAUUGAAUACGUUAUAUGAUCGUCUUUUUUCUGACAUGAUGAUUAUAAGGCUGUGUAUUUUUUAUUGUUAUUUUUUACAUUUUGUUGAAUAAAGUGAUAUUUUCCCCCCAAA